AUGAACAAUACCCAAGUGAGAGUGUUUGUGUUCUCUGGACUCACUGACAACGGGAAACUCACCCCAUUCCUCUUCAUACUCUUCUUACAUAUCUACAUGGUGACUGUAGUGGGAAACAUCGGUAUGAUGGUCAUUGUCCAUACCAGCUCCAACCUCCACACCCCGAUGUACUUCUUCCUGAGCUACCUCUCUCUGGUGGAUGUUUUUUACUCCUCAGUUAUAACUCCUAAAAUGUUGUCCGACCUUAUCUCCGCGAGGAAGGCCAUCUCAUUUGUUGGGUGUGCUCUUCAGUUCUUCUUCUUUGCAGCUCUUGCCUGUACUGAGGUCUUGCUUCUCUCAAGUAUGUCCUAUGACCGUUAUGCUGCCAUCUGCCACCCUCUCCAUUAUGUCUCUAUAAUGACCAAGAAAAAAUGUUGGUAUCUAGUUGUUGUAUCUUUCUCCAUUGGCUUCUUGCAGUCAUCAGUGCAGACCAGCUGUAUAUUCAGUCUUCAAUUCUGUGGCUCAAACCUUAUAGACCACUUCUACUGUGACGUCCCUCCACUGCUCAAGCUGUCCAGCUCUGACACUUUCACCUGUGACAUUGUAACCCUUUUCCUAAUAGUUUCUUGUAGUCUAGGUUCAUUGACAACCAUAUUGAUCUCAUACAUCUUCAUCCUUUCCUCCAUUCUACGGCUGAAGUCUGCUGAGGGCAGACGGAAAGCAUUCAGUACUUGUUCUUCACAUCUCACGUGUGCCACCAUCUAUUAUGUGUCAGUUUUCUUUGCUUACCUACACUCUCCUUCCCAUGUCUUUGAGAAACAAAUUAAGGUUGCUUCCGUCUUCUACUCAGUGGUGACACCAAUGCUGAAUCCACUUAUUUACAGCCUGAGGAACCAAGAGGUGAAAAAAGUCUUCAUACAAGCAGUGCACAAGCAGAAGCAGAUAUAA